CGGGGGAGCCUCGAUCUCUGACACAAAUCGGUCGCCAGUUUUCUUAAUGUGUCUAGAGAGCGUGGAAGUGGAAACUUGAAGUUAAGAAACUUAUUUACAUGAGUAUUCCGGUACCUCGUAUGAAUGCACUUUGCUGCUCUUGUUCCGGGACGGACGGUCACAAAGUUUCUGCUGUUUGAGCCUAGUCUUCCAGACGCAAACGUCCGGGCAAGUCCUAGAUCAUGGAGGAGCCCUCAGUCUCGCCUGCUGUGUCCCUGCUGUGAUGAUUUUAAUGUUCUUUGUCCUGGGUGCCUCAGACUUGCGUCAGGGUAGUUGAACACCAUAAGAAAACCUAGAUGAGAGGCCUCCAGAAGUCUCACAAGGUUGACAAGUUAAGCUGCUAGAACGUCAUCACACAAACAUGCCAAGCUCCAUAAGACGGCAGGUGAAGAAUGUGGUGAAUAACUACUCAGAGGCCGAGAAGAAGGUGAGGGAGGCCACUUCCAACGACCCGUGGGGCCCACCCAGCUCGCUGAUGUCGCAGAUCGCAGACCUGACCUACAACAUGGCCGCCUUUUCGGAGAUCAUGCGCAUGGUCUGGAGGCGCCUUGGCGACCGCGGCAGGAACUGGCGGCACGUUUACAAGGCGCUGACGCUCCUGGAGUACCUGGUGAAGACCGGUUCAGAGCGGGUGGCCCUGCAGUGCCGUGAGAACAUCUUGGGCUUGCAGGCACUGGCUGAAUUCCGCUACGUGGACCGCGAUGGCCGGGACCGGGGCGUUGGCGUGAGGGAGAAAUCCCGGCAGCUGGGGGCGCUGCUGAAGGACGGCGAGCGGCUCCGGGCAGAGCGAUCCCAUGCCCUCAGGACCAAGGAGCGCAUGGCACAGGUUGCCACUGCCAUGGGCGGAGACAGCCGCGUUCGUCUCGACCGCGAAUCCAGUCAGCCCAGCCUGCCUGCUGGCUCCUCAGAGCAGCGUGGUCGGUCCGGUGGCUCACCGGCCUCAUAUCCGGGCUCCCUCCCCCAGCGUGUGUCCUCUGAGCUGGAGCAGGCGCGGCCCCAGACCAUCGGGGAGGAGGAGCUACAGCUGCAGCUGGCCCUGGCCAUGAGCCGCGAGGUGGCAGAACAGGAGGAGAGGAAGCGCCGGGGGGAGAAGCUGUGGCUGCAGGUGGCCCAGGAGGACAGCAGCAGGGGGUGUGCCACUGGGGCAGAGCCUGUGGAGACUGCUCACGCUCCUCUCAGUGAGAUCACGCUGCUGGAUGUAAUGGAUACAGCGACGGAGGGUGCGGCUGAUCGGGUGUCCGAUCCCUGGGCAGCGGCACUGCCCCCUGCAAACCCUUGGCAAGCCAGUGCCUCCGAAUCGGCUGACCCGUGGGGAGUGACCCGAGCUCACAGCACUCCCAGGCAAAGCGCUGACCCCUGGGGGGCCUCGGCUGGAUCGGCCCCUUCAGCUGGAGUGGCUGCUGACCCUUGGGGGGCAGAGUGUGGCACCCACCCCCAGGCCCAUGUGAACAGAGAUGGUAACUGCUCCAUGCCUUCGUGGGCCUGUCUGGACCUGAUGGAUGUCCAGCAGGGAGUCUCUGGACCAGACGGCAAGGCAGACACGUCCAGGACAGCGUCAGAGUCCUUCCUGAGCUCCACCAGCAGUGUGGUUAACCCAGACCCUUUCGUCAGCAAGCCAGCGAGGCUGACCCCAGUCUCCAACCCCUUUUUGGUGGCCGAUGCUGCUCAAGUCAACAAUCCCUUUCAGGUCAGUGGGGGUCGGCUGCCCCCUCCGAACCAAAGGAAGCCCACUCCGCUGGUCACGUGUCACAUUGACCCGCCACCAUUUCCGUGCUCCACGGCGCCCCCUGCUGGCCCUACAUCCAUGGUGCCCUUCCCGGGUGUGCCUGAAUUUGCAUCAGUGGGCUUGGUGACGCCCGUCGUGGGUGUCGGCCGCAUGGCUGCCAUCCCUGCUGCACACAGCCUCCUGAGCCCAGGGUUGCUCCCAUCAACGGGCUGCACUACUGACCCCUUCCUGCUGGGGGCAGAAUGAGCACUUUAAUGAAGCCGUCAUUCUAGCAGUCUGGGGUCGUCACAGGGAGUACACAUUUUAAUAGGUAGAAUAUACACUUGGAUAUAAAUUACCCUGUGGAUAUUUUUCAGAGGUUACACAUCUUUAAUUAAUGUGCUAACUUUUAUUCAGGAAAAUCACAGACAGCAAGGUUGUGGUUCCCUUCCCUCUGACGUAAAUCAGGGCUGAAUAAGAACAAUUGUAAUAUCUGAACUAAUUAAUGUCAGUCUUAUCAAGCCCUGAAUUUUUUAGGUGAUUUAAAUCUGCUUGAAAGUAGUGCUUGCUAAAAACAGUGAAACCUAAUACACCAUGUGUAUUAUAGAAGAACUGGCGUUACACUCCUCUCAGCUCAGUGAAUGUUUUUAAUGGUAAGAAAGAAAAUCACACUCAUAUUUUCAGGUUAUUUCCUGUAAAACGCAUCCGUGUUUCGUUCCAAAUGGUGUGGAUUUGCAUUUUUUGCAUUUUUAGUACUAAUUUUAAACAAUCCUCUCUUUCUGUGUCAGUUUUCCCAAUAUUAGAAGUCGGAUGUUUUAAAAAAAAAAUGAAACUGGCUCGGCAAAGGAUUGUCCUCGAUUUUAAUAUAACCUCUAGGGAACUGGAGAAAUGCGACAUUUUCAUGCGCAGGGCUGCAUGGUGAGAGGCUUCACGGCGGGCUGAUGGUGCCCAGCAGUGUAAGCUGGGCACGUCUGCGUGUGGGGGACCUCUGUGAUUGUGUGUGGGCUUUAAAGAAGCAUGUGUCUGAUCUGUUAUACACAUUAAUAAAGUGAUUUGUUCAUUGACA